UUCUGUACUCAUUUCGGGGUCACGCAGAAGACACAAAAACAGCCACGAAAACCCCACAUUUUACCAUUAAACCUCUGUUCAGACGUCGCUAAACUACCAACCCACCAUCAGGACAAGUCUAACAAUGGUCUCAUCAACUUAUUUUGACGGAAUACCUUCGGAAAUGUGAAUUUUACGGCGUGUUUUUGUGUGUGAAGUUCAAAGACUUUGCAAAAAAAGUGUUGGCGCUUCAAUCAACAAACACCAAUGGCAAGGUUGUCUGCUCGCAUUUCUAACUCUCGGCUCUACUCAUCGUUACUCAAUUGCUUGGACUAAAAUUAUUUGAACAUCAUCAUUAUCAUUUACGGUGAGCUGAGUUUGACAAUAUUACAGACGUAAACGUCAUUCAUGUGUGAAUGUGACUGAAAACCAGUGAGUGAGGGAACGAAGAUAAGUCUCAUGGAGGUUACGGAUUCGACUAAUGUGAGCCCAGGCCCAGGCAGCAGUACAGCCUCGUCUCCGACGAACUUUGGGCACGGGAGUCCAGAUAUAGCAACGUCGCCGGUGGCCAAUCACAGAACAGGAUCUGGGAACAGAAUCGAUUUUCCAACGAUUGCGUGUAAGAUAUGCGGAGAUCGAUCGUCUGGAGUCCACUAUGGUAUCAUAUCGUGCGAAGGUUGCAAGGGUUUCUUUAGGCGCUGUUUAAGACGUCAGAAGGAAUACAUCUGCGUACGGGGCGGAAAAUGUGAAGUCUGUCGUCAGCAGCGAAAUCGUUGCCCUGCUUGUAGAUAUCGGAAAUGCAUCGAACUCGGAAUGUCCAAAGAUGCUGUGAGGAUCGGAAGGAUUCCAAAUAAACAGAAGGAGACUCAGUUUGCGGACAUCCAGCCCUUCACAAUCGAAUCAAUUGAUGACAGGGAUAUUGGCCAAUCAGCACAGAUCAUAGAAGUCGACCCAGAAAUAAAACAACUUAUUGAAUUCGUUGUUAAAGCUCAUUCAGAGACAGCGAAAGAUUAUGUUGAGUUUGAUGAGUUCUUACAAGGGAAGCCAAUGGAGAAAUACUUCAUCAAGGAAUGCGACGCUAUGAAAUCACCAAUGGACCUCGAUAGUAUGAACGGCCUUCAGAUGUGGUGUUCUGUUGUCACUCAGACACUGGCCGUUUACAUCAAGAGAAUUGUCACAUUCUGCAAGUACAUCCCAGGGUUUGCGAUGUUGGACCAGCAAGACCAGAUGGUCCUCAUCAAAGCCGGUCUCUUCGAGAUCCUAACAGUCCAAGACAGCAUCGAGCUCGUCUUAUACAACGCCUUCCGUCUCAACAGCGAGAUAAUAAUCACCAGGUUUAACAUGCUCAAGUUCAUGCCGGAGGAGCUCGUCGAGUCGCUGUAUGACUUCUCACACCGGCUUCAUCGGUUACGGCUAACGAUGACGGAAAUCGCUUUGCUGUCUGCUGUUGUUCUGUAUGCUGAUGAUCGUGAGAAUCUCGUGGACCGCAAGACCGUCGCAGCCAUGCAAGCUAAACUCUUAAUGGCCCUCAAGUUAGAGGUCCAACGUAACCAUCGCUCAGACCCUCACAUGUUCGCCAAGGUCUUACUCCGCCUCCCAGAGCUUCGCACCGUGGAUAACCUCCACACCCAGUUCAUCAUGAAGCUUCAGGUAGGCGUCGGUAGUUCAGAUCUCCCCAUCCCGGCGUUGUAUAAGGAGGUUUAUGAUCUUGGGAUAGCGAACUUGAGGAAGGAUGCUAUGAACGGGGAGGAAGUUAUCAGGAUUAAGAAGGAAGUGGAAGAGGAGUGCGAUCAAGAAGUCGGCAAAGAAGAGGAGCUGGAGGAGGAGAACCAGAAAGUGAUGAAGUGGGGACAGGGGCAGAUGGAUCUGGAGCGGAUCGCCCUCGUCGGACUGAAUGGGAUGUCCGGGUUUGGGAAGAAGAAAAAGGCGGAGGAGAGCGAGGAGUGCUGACAGUGAGGACGAGAUUGGUGCAAAGGCCUGGAGUAGAAACUUUGAGAGGGCAAGGAUGUUUUCUUUAUGGCAAGGCUGUUUUAAGAAAGGGCACUUCCUUACGAAAUCCUUACGAAAAUCUUUAAGAUGCACCUUAACCAAGACCAGGGCUUUGAGAGGGCAAAGUCGUUUUCAUUUUGCGAAGGUCACUUCCUUCGAAAGCCUUAACGUCUUUUAGACUGUUUAGAAGAGGCAUCAAGAUCAGGGUUCAAUUUCAUGGCUCUGAUAAUCGCCAAUUUCUGCGCUUAUGAUCACCAUUCUUUACUUGCCUGUGAAGCGCCGAAUUGCGCUAGCGCAGAAUGCCUAGCACCGUGGAGUACGCAGGGGCACAAGCCAAAAUUCCCUGCUUACCUGUGAAAUACGCUUGGCGUAAGCAAAGAAUUACCUGCCACCAUAAGCGCUGAUUCUGUGCUUUAGGUAAGCAGAGCCAUGAAAUUGGUCCCCUGGCAUCAGAUGCCUUUGCAGCCAGAAUGUAAUACCAGACCUUAGGGUAUGUAGAGGUUGGUAGGGCCUUCAGAGUUACAUAGGUAGACGCUCGUUGACCUUUACUAGGAGUAACCCUUGACCUUUUUAAAGUUUGACCUUGAGGGGUUGACCUUAAGGGUUUCCCGGAAAGGUUUUGGACGACUUACUUUCCGAGGGGUUGAUCCCUUGUGUAUAUAUCAAGAGAGCCUUUCAAAGUGUAGGUGCUUGCUGGUGGUGGACCAGGGUUGAAGUUGUGGCCACUUAAAUUGGGAGUUGAUCUAUGAAAAGCAUUUUGGUUGGCGUUUGAAAGAUUGACUGUAUGCUAUGUGUAUUGGCCCUUAUCGUCUGGUACCCCAUGGUCAUAUUGUGGUAAUUCACCAAGUGGCUCUCAAGUUUAGGCACCAGGCUGCACAGGUUAAAAAUGAAAUAUAUAUUUGAUCAGGAACAAAAUUGCCUCAGCAGAAAACAAAACAGUUCAAAUUUCUUUUGACUUUUUGUUUCAAAAGCAGUUGUGUUAUUAAUUAUGUAAAACAUGUAUUAAUCUGAAAUAUGGAAAAAGAUGUUAUGGGUAUGGGUAGAUUUGUAUAUUAAUGGAACAGCUCACUUUAAAUAAAUUAUAAAAUAAAGGUAAUCUUAGGUUGAAGGAAGGACACACAGGUUUUUAUACAUGGUUUUCAAGUUGAAUUGGUGGUUCACUUAUAAUCUUCCAUCAACAGUAUCGUGGGAUAUGUGUACCUUCUUUGUGUAAAUAACAACAAAAACAACAACAAUAUAUAUUCGAUUUUUUCUUCCUUGAACUGAAAUUAUAAACAUUUUUGUGUAUAUCAUCAGAAUAUAUGUAUUUUGAAAUUUAUAGAGGAAAAAAAAUCAUUUUUGAAAUACUAUUUUGAGUGUGUGUGUCAUGAAAAGUUGACAUUUUCUAUGAUGAGUUGGAUUAAGUGGUGGUGAGACCUCAGCCAAAUUUCACGGCUCUGCUUACCUCUGAAUUCUGCUUACCGCUGAACUCUGCUUACCACUGAAUUCUGCUUACCAUUGAAUUCUGCUUACCGCUGAAUUUUGCACUUAGAAUCACCAUUCUCUGUUAACAUGCAAGCGUUGAAUAGCUGUGUAAGCCUAGAUACCUAGUAACGUGGAUUACGCAGGCGCACAAACAACAAUGUACAGAAGCAGAGAGUUCUCUGCUUCCGCAAGCGCCUAACUUUGCUUUUGGUAGGCUGUGCCAAGAAGUUUGGCACAGGUCAUAACCUUGGACGCAGUUUUGGCGGGAACAUUUUCUAUGAUAGUUCCUUUAUUACAUCAAACAAUGUUAAAGUCGGCCAUCUUAAUUGCCAAUGGUGCAGUAUGCGUUAUUCAGCUUGUGGUACGCGGUGGUUCUUCAUAUUGCUUGUAAAAAUGGCGACUUUCUGGAACUACCCACUGCUAUGUGAUUUUUUGUAUCAUCUAGACCCUUGCAUAAGACAUCACAAAGGUCAAAGGUCAGCGGAAGGAUUGUGAGUUGUGCCUGUUCAUAUGUUUCAGUCGUUCAACCAUAGUAAUGGGGUAAAAUGCAAUGGUGUCUCUCUGAUAAUGAAAGACAAUUAGAAAUACACUACCAACAGGGUUUAAUUGUUGUUUCUUCUUGUAAUUUUGAUAAUUUCUUUCGGUUUUUAAAUUUCUUUCGCGAAUAUGAUUUAAUCAUCGUGAUUGUAUAUAAAAAGAAAUUUACUUUUUUUGGGGCAUGUUAUACUGUAUAUGUACAAAUGUGAAUUUGUCUAAAUCAUUUGCAGCAGUGAUCUUGGUUCUAUAGCGGGUUUCGAGGUACAGAAUGCGAACAAAGUUGGUACAGAAUGGGUACAGAAUGGGUUGAGAAUUGGUACAGAACUUGUAAAGAACUGGUACUUCAGUAUUAUCUUCCAAUUUUGUGAUGUUUUGUAACUAACUGAUAAUUUGUGUAUAAUCAACAUGCCCAUAUAAUCCUGUUUGUGGACCCCAUGGCCCCACUUUGCACAAUUAUCACACGUUCCAAUGCACAAUGUAUUCUACAGCCAUUUGAUUCACAUGUACUUGUGAAUACCUAUUGUAGAAUUGUCUCAUUGAAUAUUCUCCCAUAGGGUAUUUCUAUUGUAUGUACUUGCUCUAAAUCUUUUGUUAUUAACAAAGGGAAAGA